UGUGUGUGUGUGUGUGAGUGAGAGAGAGAGGGUGUGAGUGUGUGUAUAUGUGGGUAUGUGUCUGUGCAUGUGGGAUGGGAGAGUGCGGGAGGGUGAUUGUGGAUGUGUGUGGGAGGGCAGGAGAAAGUGGGUGUGCGGAGGCGUGGGGUGUAUGUUGUGUGUGAAUGGAUGAGUGGGGGGAUAAGGUUAACUUUAACUAUACAAGUAAAUACCAACAAAAUCCAACUUAUCACAUGGAAUGUCAACAGGCUCCAUGAUGGGUAAACCAAGCAUAUGGUUCUCGAACACCUAAAGAUGUGGGGGUUCUUUGCAUUAAAAAAAAAAUACGAAAUUGAACAUUUAAAGAGGAGCUGUGUUGGAGAGGCCCAUGCUGCCACCCACUGUAGUAACAGCAGAGGGUUAGGCAUCCUAAUAAAUAAGAAAACACAAUUUUCCCUCAUAUCCCAGCAUAUUUUCUAAGGCGGCCAUUUUCUAAUGUUGAAUUGUACAUGGUAAAAGAUAAACAUUGAUUUCAUUGUAUAUCCCACCAGGGGCAAAUCUGGUGUUUUUAGAUAGAAUUCAAGCUAUAUUAGAUAAAAUCCAGAAAGGAACUAUUAUUUUAGCAGGUGACCUAAAUCACACAUUUGAUAAGAUUGACAGACUUAGGGAGCCUCCAAAGAGACUGAAAAAUGUCAUCUCUGCAAAUAAUUUACAGGACACCUGGAGAUUACUAUUCCCAACUACAAAAGACUAUUCCUUUUUUUCUCAAAGUAAGAAAAGCUAUCCAAAAUGUGAUUACAUUUUUAUUUCCAAAAAUGCACUCAACAAUUUACUGGAUAAAAAAAUUCACGAUAUAGUGCUAUCGGAUCAUUCAUGCUUAAUUACACAAAUAGAAAAAAACAUUUAGCGACAAAUUUGGAGAAUGAACAUCUCUUCUAGAUAAACCCCGAGAAAAAAAAAAGAAAAUAAGAAAUCACUAUUUUAGAAAAAGUCCAUAAAAAAUCUUUACAAGGUAAAGAAGAAAAUACUAUUUCUGAACUUAAGCAGGAAUACGAACGUUUACUUCUGAAGAGAGCAAACACUUACAGAUUAAUCUCGUACUCGUUAAUGGCAACUUCACCUGGUAAAUAUAUUGCAGCUCUCAGUAAAUACAUACAGUGCAUUUGGAAAGUAUUAAGACCCCUUGACUUUUUCCACAUUUUGUUACAUUACAGCCUUAUUCUAAAAUUGAUUGAAUAAAUGUUUAUGGGAUAUGUAGCUCUCUCAUUCUUGAAUGUAUCAGUCUGAACCUUUGCACACACACAGCUGCCCUCUUGUGGACAACAUCUAAAUUACACCCAGCUUUCUAUGUCAAUGUAUGGCCUUUCUUUUGCAUUUCAAAGAUGAUGCAACAAAAAUAAAAAACUAUUCCAACAUAGUUACAGAUCAGCUGACGACCACCUGGGGACCUGUUCCACCACAGUUACAGAUGUAGUCCAUAGUAUGGAACGUUUCCUGGGGCAGAGUUUCCUGAACCCUCAACUAUAGCUACAGCGAGACAGCAGCUCUGUCCCAAGAGGAUGAACUUUGACUUUCAGCCUUUGACCCUACUCUCAUGUGAGUGUCUCAUCUGAUAUGACAAUCCUCACUUCAGUAUGGCAUGAAUAAAGAAACCUGCAUCUCAGCAUUAUAUGGUCUCAGACUGGUUCUUUGUGUUAUCAUCGUAAAGUGUUAGUAGAAGCUUUACAUCUGUUCCUGUCUUCAUAUUUCUCAGUGAUUAUACAUUUUUUGCUUUAUUUACGAAUUCCGGAGAUUUUGAGAGACAUAAUUUUUUUUUACAGACACAUCAUUACCAUCUUUUAGCAAAUAUCUAUCUCCUGUCUCAUCGCUUUUAAGAAAGUGACAAAUCAAUAACGGCCAAUAUAUAACUGUAUCUCAACACCCUCUCUGAUAAGAUUACAGAAAGCUGUAGACUAGAUCCACACGUCUGUACAUACUUCAGCUGUGGGAUGACAUCACAAUAACAACAUUCUAAAGUGAACAUGAACAUAAUUCAAACAUUCAAAAAAUUCCCUUGGCAGAUGUGGCUAGGAUCCUGUAGCACAGACAGACAGACGGCUGCUGCUAAAAGAUAAGACUUCCAGCAGCAGCCUGUGUUUGUGUGUGGCGCCACAGAGAGAGGAGAGAGGGGUAUGUUCUGUAGUCAGUGUAUAUUGUCACUGUGGGAGUGGUGUCAAGGGGUGCUGAAGGUGGGUGUGGUGCAUGAAUCAAGCGCAGGACGCAGAAGCUCAGUCCAAAAGACUUUAGUGCAAUAAUCACGUAGAAAAUAAGCACAAUAAGCCCGAAGGCGAAAUAACGGCGCACACAGGCGUCAAACAAACGGCGCACAAACAUGUGCGAAAACCCUCUCCAAAACACUGGAGGGAAGUACGUAGCUCCAACACGAUAACAGAAGAGCAAUCACACACAUAGACAAACACAACUAACGAGAACUAAAUAGGACACUAACGAGGACUAACAAGACACAGGUGUAAAACAUAAAGACAAAACCAAACAAACAUGAAACAUCGAUCGGUGGCAGCUAGUACUCCGGGGACGACGACCGCCGAAGCCUGCCCGAACCAGGAGGAGGAGCAGCCUCGGCCGAAACCGUGACAGUACCCCCCCCCCCCCCCCCCCACUUGACGCGCGGCCCCAGCCGUGCGCCGACCCCGACCUUGGGGACGACCAGGAGGACGCGGAGCAGGGCGCGCGGGAUGGUCCCGGUGGAACUCCGACAGGAGAGAUGGGUCUAGGAUGUCCCUCCGCGGCACCCUGCACCGAUCCUCCGGGCCGUACCCCUCCCACUCCACGAGAUACUGGAGACCCCCCAUCCGGCGUCUGGAGUCCAAGAUGGACCAAACGGUGUACGCCGGAGCCCCCUCGAUGUCCAGUGGGGGCGGAGGAGUCUCUCCUAUCUCAUUGUCCUGGAGUGGACCAGCUACCACCGGCCUGAGAAGAGACACAUGGAACGAGGGGUUAAUAUUCUUAUACUCAACAGGUAGAUGUAACCUAUAACACACCUCGUUCAAAUCUUCUCAGGACUUUAAAGGGCCCCACAAAUCGCCGACCCAGCUUCCGGCAGGGCAGGCGGAGGGGUAGGUUUUCUGGUAGAGAGCCAGACUCGAUCUCCAGGUGCGUACACCGGCCCCUCACUGCGGUGGAGAUCGGCGCUCGCCUUGUGAUGAAGGACGUGCCCGCUGCAGGUGGACGUGGGCAGCGUUCCACGUCUCUUCCGAGCGCCUCAUCCAAUCAUCCACCGCAGGGGCCUCGAUCUGGCUCUGCUGCCACGGUGCCAGAACCGGCUGGUAACCUACACACAUUGGAAGGGGGUUAGGUUGGUAGAGGAGUGGCGGAGAGAGUUCUGGGCCAUCUCGGCCCAGGGAAUGUACCGUGCCCACUCCUCAGGCCGGUCCUGGCAAUACGACCUCAGAAACCUACCCACAUCCUGGUUGACACGUUCUACCUGCCCGUUACUCUCCGGGUGGUACCCUGAGGUAAGGCUAACCGAGACCCCCAAACGCUCCAUGAACGCUCUCCAAACACGGGAGGUAAACUGGGGGCCUCGAUCAGACACUAUAUCCUCGGGUACCCCGUAAUGCCGGAAGACGUGGGUAAAUAGGGCCUCAGCGGUCUGUAGGGCAGUAGGAAGACCCGACAUAGGGAGAAGACGACAGGCCUUUGAGAACCGGUCCACAACGAACAGGAUGGUAGUAUUCCCCUGAGAGAGGGGAAGGUCUGUCACAAAAUCCACCGAGAGGUGGGACCAUGGUCGUUGUGGAACGGGCAGGGGUUGUAACUUACCUCUGGGCAGAUGUCGGGGUGCCUUACACUGGGCGCACACCGAGCAGGAGGAGACAUAAACCCUCACAUCCCUAGCCAAAGUAGGCCACCAGUAUUUAGUGCUAAGGCAAUGCACUGUCCGGCCAAUACCCGGAUGUCCAGAGGAGGGUGACGUGUGAGCCCAGUAAAUGAGUCGAUCCCGAAUCUCGAGCGGAACGUACUUCCGACCCUCAGGUCACUGUGGAGGGCUGGGGUCGGUACGCAACGCUCGCUCGAUUUCGGCAUCGACCUCCCACACCACCGGUGCCACAAGGCAAGACUCCGGUAGUAUGGGAGUAGGCUCAACGGACCUCUCCUCCGUGUCAUACCGCCGGGACAGUGCAUCUGCCUUACCAUUCUGGGACCCAGGGAUGUACGUGAUUUUAAAUAUGAACCUGGUGAGAAACAUACUCCAUCGAGCCUGGCGAGGGUUCAGUCUCCUCGCUGCCCGGAUGUACUCCAGGUUCCGAUGGUCAGUCAAAAUGAGGAAAGGGUGUUGAGCCCCCUCAAGCCAAUGCCUCCACACCUUAAGGGCUUGAACUACAGCUAACAGCUCCCUGUCCCCAACGUCAUAGUUACGCUCCGCCGGGCUGAGCUUCUUUGAGUAAAAGGCACAGGGGCGGAGUUUAGGUGGCGAGCCGGACCGUUGAGAGAGAACGGCCCCUAUACCUGCCUCAGCCGCGUCCACCUCAACCUGAAAGGGUAAUGCGGGAUCCGGAUGCGCCAGCACCGGAGCCGACGUAAACAGGUCCUUCAGUCUCCCAAAGGCCCUGUCCGCAUCAGCUGACCACUGCAGGCGCACCGGACCCCCUUUCAGAAGGGACGUGAUGGGAGCUGCCACCUGUCCAAAACCCCAGAUAAACCUCCGGUAGUAAUUCGCAAAGCCCAAGAACUGCUGCACCUCUUUUACAGUGGUUGGGGUUUGCCAAUUACGCACAGCGGACACACGAUCCACCUCCAUUCUCACCCCUGACGCGGACAACCGAUAACCCAAAAAGGAGACCGACUCCUGGAAAAACAGACAUUUCUCUGCCUUGACAUAUAGGGUCGUGCUCCAACAGCCUCCUCAAUACACGACGCACCAGGGUUACAUGCUCGGCUCGGGUAGACGAGUACACCAGAAUAUCAUCAAUGUACACAACCACCCCUUGUCCCUGCAUAUCCCGGAAAAUGUCAUCUACGAAGGAUUGGAAGACUGAUGGAGCAUUCAUCAACCCAUAUGGCAUGACAAGAUACUCGAAAUGACCUGACGUGGUACUAAACGCUGUCUUCCAUUCGUCGCCCUCCCUAAUGCGCACCAAGUUAUACGCGCUCCUGAGAUCCAGUUUUGUGAAAAACAGUGCUCCAUGCAAUGACUCCGUCAUGGUCGCAAUCAGAGGGAGUGGAUAACUGUAUUUCACAGUAAUCUGAUUGAGACCACGGUAAUCAAUGCACGGGCGCAACCCUCCAUCUUUCUUUUUCACAAAAAAGAAGCUUGAGGAGGCGGGAGAAGUGGAGGGCCGAAUGUAUCCCUGUCUCAAAGAUUCGGCUAUGUAAGUCUCCAUAGCUUUUCUCUCCUCUUGAGACAAAGGAUACACAUGGCUCCGUGGGAGCGCUGCUCCUGCCUGGAGAUCAAUCGCACAAUCCCCCUGUCUAUGAGGAGGCAACUGCGUCGCCCUAGUCUUGCUAAACACGAGAGCUAAAUCCCCAUAUUCAGGCGGAAUGUGCAGUGCGGGCACUUGGUUUGGACUUUCCACCGAAGUCGCCCCCACGGAAACACCCAGACAUCGCCCCUCGCACUGAGCAGACCACCCAUCGAGAGCCCUCUGUUGCCACGAAAUAGCAGGGUUAUGGGUGCUUAACCAGGGAAUUCCCAGCACCACUGGGUACGCAGGAGAGUCAGAUACAGCUGUAUAGUCUCUUCAUGACCCCCCUGCGCACACAUCCUAAGUGGCGCUGUGAUCUCCCUAAUCAACCCCGACCCCAACGGGCGGCUAUCUAAGGCAUGAACGGGAAAAGGUUUGUCAACAGGUAGGAGAGGGAUCCCUAAAUCUACACAAAACUUCCGAUCAACAAAAUUCCCAGCUGCGCCUGAAUCUACUAGCGCCUUAUGCUGGGAAUGAGGUGCAACCUGUGGAAAACAAACAGGUAGACAAAAGUGCGCAACAGAAAGCUCUGGGUAAGUGGGACGUCUACUCACCUGGGAGGCCCCCCCAGUGCGUGGCCUGUUGUCUUCUCCCCCGGAGAACCCUCCCCAGCACCUGGCCGCAGUGUGCCCUCCACGACCGCACUUGGUGCAGGAGACAGGCCCCCUCGGGCUCCUCCUCCUCCUUUCUCUAGCGCCGGCAACCCCGAGCUCCAUAGGGCUCGGCUCGGAGGUGCCGGAGGGCGGAAUGGACGGACCCCCCUCGGGACGUCCACGGGUGGCCAGCAGGGUGUCCAGACGGAUGGACAUAUCGACCAACUGGUCGAAGGUAAGAUGGGUAUCCCUGCAGGCCAACUCACGUUGAACGUCCUCCCGUAGGCUACAUCGGUAAUGGUCAAUGAGGGCCCGUUCAUUCCACCCUGCGUCCGCCGCUAGAGUCCGGAACUCUAGAGCAAACGCCUGUGCGCUCCUCCUCCCCUGUCUCAAGUGGACUAGACGCUCCCCCGCCGCUUUGCCCUCAGGUGGAUGGUCGAACACGACCUUGAAGCGACGGGAGAACUCGGCGUAGGAGAUGGUGUUGGCGUCCAUCUUCCUCCACUCGACGUUAGCCCACUCCAACGCCUUGCCCGUGAGACAGGAGAUGAGGGCGGAAACGCUCUCGUGUCCCGAGGGCACCGGGUGUACAGUGGCCAGGUAGAGCUCCACCUGCAGGAGGAACCCCUGACACCCGGCAGCUGUCCCUUCAUACGCCCUUCGGGAGCGAGAGCCGAAUCCCCCUGGGUUCCGGACCUGGGACUGGUGGACCGGCCGAUGGGGUUGGCAGAGUAGGUGGAGGCGUGGGUACCCCGCUGGCCUCCCAUCGGUGCAAGGUGUUGAUGACGUCCUGUAGAGCGGUCCCCAGUUGUCGUAUCUGGUCAUCUUGGCCGCGGACAUGCUCCUCGAGCGACUCAGGCGUAACUGCAGAUCCUGCUGAUUCCAUUCUGGUGUGUGAUUCUGUCAAGGGGUGCUGAAGGUGGGUGUGGUGCAUGAAUCAAGCGCAGGACGCAGAAGCUCAGUCCAAAAGACUUUAGUGCAAUAAUCACGUAGAAAAUAAGCACAAUAAGCCCAAAGGCGAAAUAACGGCGCACACAGGCGUCAAACAAAUGGCGCACAAACAUGUGCGAAAACCCUCUCCAAAACACUGGAGGGAAGUACGUAGCUCCAACACGAAAACAGAAGAGCAAUCACACACAAAGACAAACACAACUAACGAGAACUAAAUAGGACACUAACGAGGACUAACAAGACACAGGUGUAAAACAUAAAGACAAAACCAAACAAACAUGAAACAUCGAUCGGUGGCAGCUAGUACUCCGGGGACGACGACCGCCGAAGCCUGCCCGAACCAGGAGGAGGAGCAGCCUCGGCCGAAACCGUGACAAGUGGCGCAUAUUAUUACACCUUAAUUAGCUCUGUAGUCUUCUGUACUUCUUUAAUACAAAAAGUUUAUUAAUUAGAUCUUGUAAUAUUAACCACAAGUGGAUUCACUGCAUUCAAAGUGAUUGAGGAUAAAACCGAAAGGUUUUACAACUCAUCCGGUUGAUAGGGCCCUGGGAUGAAGCUUCUAUUGAAGCCAGAGACACUGUUUGUAUGAGGCGUCACAGAGAGAGUGGUAUAACUGUAGUGUGUAUAGGCUUUGUCCCAUAUGACACCCUAUUCACUUUACAGUGCACUACUUUUGAACAUUAGUGCACUAUAUAGGGAAUAGGGUGACAUUUGGGACGUAAACAUUGUCACUGUAGGAGUGGUCCUUAUAAUACCACUCCUACUGAAACAGUGGGCUGUGUGGCGCCUGUUGUCUUCAUAUAGAUAGUGAUCAAUGGUAUUAUUGAUGAAUUAUUCUAAACUCUAUGCAGUACUAUUUACCAUCUCCACCCUCUACCUUACCUAACUGUUUAUUCACUGGGCUGGCCUUUUGACAUUAUCUGGAAUAGAAUUUGUUCAAUCAGCAUUUCAGAUAGUAUCAGAAUUUGUUGUUACACUUUAUAGGCUUCCAUAUGUCUCCUGGUAAUAUAGGGGGUGUUCUCAUUGGUUAAUGCGUAACUAAGUAGUCCUACAUACCACCUGUGGGUCAUCAUACCACCUGGGGGGGGGGGGGGGCUGAGAUCUUUAUAAACAGCUAGAGGGCACAGUAAGGACCAUCAGCAGUUGGGUGACUAGAGAAAGACAGACGUCCAUCUCAAGAAUAUACAGGUAGGACAUUGUCUGUUGUUUUCUCUCGCUCUCUCUCGUGAAUCAGUUGAUUGCAGACAGUGAGUGGCUUUCCUAAAAACGCUUUUAGAUUUCCACAGCAGCAGAUAUAGAAAUGGACUAUCAGUUUGGUUGAGUCCACUGGAUGACUUCUCAGCAAGGUUUGCUGUCAGAACUGAAUGUGUCACACCAUGGGACUGACAGUUUCCAUAUCAAGUGUGAUCUCCCUCCAUCCAGGAUACGCUGGUGUGUAAAUCAAACACACUUCUGAAAAGCUACUAUCUGCAAUUGAAUAAGAGCCUGUAUUUCUGCUGAUUCAGGAUUGUUCUAGCGUGUCUUCCAUUUAUUUCUCUCUCUCUCUCUCUCUCUCUCUCUCUCAAUUCAAUUUCAAUUUCAAUUUAAGGGCUUUAUUGGCAUGGGAAACAUAUGUUAACAUUGCCAAAGCAAGAGAAGUAGAUAGUAAACAAAAGUGAAGAAAACAAUAAAAUGAACAGUAAAAAUGACACUCAGAAAGUUCCAAAGGAAUAGAGACAUUUCAAAUGUCAUAUUAUUGCUAUAUACAGUGUUGUAACAAUGUGCAAAUAGGUAAAGUACAAAAGGGAAAAUAAAUAAACAUAAAUAUGGAUUGUAUUUACAAUGGUGUUUGUUCUUCACUGGUUGCCCUUUUCUUGUGGCAACAGGUCACAAAUCUUGCUGCUGUGAUUGCACACUGUGGUAUUUCACCCAACAGAUAUGGGAGUUUAACAAAAUUAGAUUUGUUUUCACAUUUUUGUGGGUCUGUGUAAUCUGAGGGAGGUAUGUGUCUCUAAUAUGGUCAGCUCAGUUUCCACAUCAUUUCUUACCUAAUCUCUCUCUCUCUCUCUCUCUCUCUCUCUCUCUCUCUCUCUCUAUUCCUCCAAUAACUAAUCUGUUAAUACUGAUAAUAUGUCCUGAACUUUCACCUCUAUUUUUUACUCCUGUCUGAAUACAGUUUGUAGUGUUAGUUUCAAGCUCUUAUGGACACCCAUCUGACAUGUUUACAUCUUCCCCUCCUCUCCUCUCCUCUCCUCUCCUCUCCUCUCCUCUCCUCUCCUCUCCUCUCCUCUCCUCUCCUCUCCUCUCCUCUCCUCUCCUCUCCUCUCCUCUCCUCUCCUCUCCUCUCCUCUCCUCUCCUCUCCUCUCUCUCAGACAGUGUACCAUGGCCUCUCUCUCUCUGUCCCUUGGUCUGCUGGUGCUGUGCACCCUGGCUCUUGUACAAUGUGGCCCGUAUGACGACCGCGUCAGGGUGUGGGGCAUUAGUGCCACCAACCUGAAAGGAGACCUCCUCUCCCAGCCAGACCCCUACGUCAAGGUGAAUUUAUUCAUUUAUUUAACCUUUAUUUAACCAGAACAGUCAGUUAAUGAAACGUUGAUAUUUACAAUGAGGGACUGGCAGGUGGGGUGGUAAAACAGAAGAAGUACAGUAAUGUUACAGACAGGACAGGCAUCAUAACACAAAAGGACAGAGACACAGCAAUAAUCAACCACUAAACAGUAGACAGUCAGCAGUCAUUUGUUUGGAUAUCAAGUAGGCUACAGUGACAUGGACCAUGAAAAUGUCAGUGAUUGGCUUGUUACUUGUUAGGUGAAUGAACAAACAAACGAAUUAACAGAUAAAUGAACAAACAAAUGUAUUAAUUAAUUUUAAAAUACAUGUAGAUGUUCCUCAGCCAAGUGAGCCAACUAUACAUACAUUACAAAUCAUAAUAAAACAUGUUUAAUAAUAAAAGUCUACUGACAACAUUAUCUUCCUUAGGUGUGGUGCGGCCCAGCCUUCGGUGGCAUGACCAGCGUUCUGAAGAACCAGGCCAACCCCAACUGGCCCGGCGAGUUCAACUUCCUAGACAUCAUCGACAAGUCUGUCCUGAAGCUAGAGGUGAGUUUCCCCACUUACUAUGUAAAGUGCUUUGAGCAAUGGAAAAGCAAUAUGUAAAUCCAAUCGAUUAUGAUGAUGAGGAUGAGGAGGAAGAGGAGGAGGAAGAUUAUUACUAGUACGAUUAUUAUUAUUAUUAUUAUUAUUAUUAUUAUUAUUAUUAUUAUUAUUAUUAUUAGGUGUGGAAUGAUAACGUCGGACCAGAUAACCGCCUGGGAACCUGCACCACCACCAUCCGCCGAGGAACACACAUCGAGACCUGCCACCUGAAGAAAGGCACCGUCUACUACACCUACACCUACGACUACAGCCACUAGAAGGAACAGAAUGAUGGUUAGUUAGUAACCUAUAACCUUUAUGACCUUGUGUCUGAUUGGUUCUCUCACUCUGUCACUCAUGUAUUCACUUCCUUACAACGUCAAUAAAAAAAAAAAAUGCUUUACAGCAAGA